AUAUUGGUGGGCUGAUUCAAUUACUCUACAAGAGCCGUUGGGGACAAUAACUUCCUGUGGGGGUCUUCUUAUAUAUAAACCUUCACAAACUCCUUCAAGUCUAUCUGAUAGUUUCCUCCUAACAUCGGAGAGUGAGAAUUCAACACAGAACAAGAGCUCUGAUGGUUUCUGUGCAAGAAGGGACCCUCUGGUCGAGAAAGAGGGGGAUCCCUGUCUACAGAGAAGAGCUCCACAGUUCAUUCAAGAAGAGGAAGCAAGAAGAUGGGUCACAAGGCAAGCUCGAGUCCACUCUGCUCAACAAAGGGACAGACUCAGGAAGCACAUCAUCAAUAACGUUCGACGUUGAGCUCCACCUCCGCACUCCUCUACCUUUGGACUGGCAAGAACGCCUAGACGCUAAGGAUCAGUCAAGAGCAUCUGAAGAUCGUAGCAGAUACCCAGAAGAGCCAGCAGGUUCCAGAGGUCAGAAAAUGAGCCUAGACCUCGAGCUGAACCUUUUGCCAUCUGAUUCACCUGGGCAAAAAAUAAAGCAGAAGAUUUAUCAAUCAUCAAUUCAAGACAAGGCAAAAUCAUCCACAGGUGAAACUUUCACGAGUUCGAACAAGAAGAAUGGGGUGGGGCAGAUAGGUCUAAGCCGGUGCCCUUCAUGGCUUUCAUUUGAGGGUGAAGAGGAUGAAGAUGAGAAGAAGAAGAAGAGAGAGCUGGUAGCAACAGUGUGUAAGAAGUGUCACAUGCUGGUUAUGCUAUGCAAAUCAGCUCCAGUGUGCCCUAACUGCAAGUUCAUGCACCCACCACAUGAUCACGACUCUAUGGACCUCUUCAAGCCUUCUUCAAGUUUACUUAGCCUCCUAUGUUAAGUAAUUUGAAGGCUAUGCUUCCUCUGUUUCUCUAGAUCUUCUUCCAUAUUGUACCAGGAAAUGAUCCAAUACUAGAUAUGGAUAAGUUACAUAUAUAUAGGCGCAGUGAAAACGCUCAUUAAUCCUUCUAUAAACAGAUUUUAUCCUAAUUUGCUGGUCUUUUGUCUCCCAAACUAUUUGUAUGUACUUGACGUAGCAUGUAUGCAUAAGUGAAAACUAUAAAGUUAGUCUUGAUGA